UUUAUUAGUACUUUGACAAUUUGAGGUUAAGUGUAACAUGUUUUAAUAAAUGCAUUUGUGAAGUAUAAAAGUAAACAAAAUGUCUCUAUAUGACGAUUUUGACAAACAUAGAACAUCAGAGAAAGUAGCUGGAUGGUCAUCCAGUAUUAAGCUGUUACAAUCUCAAUUACAAUUAAAAAAAGCUGCCACUACACAGCCAAAACGUGAACAAUAUAGAAAAGCUACAGCAGUAUUAGCACCUGUUAUAGACUUGAAAUCAAAAGCCAAUCGAAAUGCAGAUAGAGAUGAUGAUGGACUUCAUAAUAAUCCACUCUCUUCUGGUGCUGUUAGUAGUAUUGGAGUCGGUGGAGAAUUUGACUGGAAUGUAAUAAAUGAAUACGAUCCUAUGUGGCCUAAUGAAUAUGACAAAGUUGUUAAAGAAUUGAGGGAUUUACGCGAUAGAGAACAUGAUCAAGAAACUGAAAUGCGUAAACGUAGACGAGAUAGUUCACGUUUUGAGGACACACAGACUUCUUCUGGGAAUAGUACAAUGAUUCCUCCUGAAAGAGAUGAGGAAAGAACUCCAACAUCAAGAGGUAUUGCUGGAGGAGCAGCUAUUGCUCCACCACCUUCCUUACAAGAAUCUUCUGAUCUUCCACCUCCAGCACCAAGACCACCAACUAACAUGGGAUAUGCAACAUCAUCUGUAGCAGCGAAGAUAAUGGCAAAAUAUGGCUUCAAAGAAGGACAGGGGCUCGGUAAAAAAGAACAAGGAAUGUCUGUUGCUUUGCAAGUAGAAAAAACUAGUAAGCGAGGUGGAAGAAUUGUUGGGGAAAGAGAACAACUUAUGCCACCACCACCACCUGUUGCUACUUCUCCUCCUCCAGUACAACAGCAAGCUCCUGCUUCACAACCUUCUGAGGAACCUAGUAUUACAGAAAUAAUGAAAUGUCCUAGUAAGGUUGUGUUGCUACGUAAUAUGGUUGGUCCGGGAGAAGUAGACGAUGAUCUUGAACCUGAAGUUAAAGAUGAAUGUAAUACAAAGUAUGGAGAUGUUGCGCGUGUUAUCAUUCAUGAAGUAACGGAAGCUGCUGCGGAAGAAGCUGUUAGAAUUUUUGUAGAAUUUAAGAGAAUAGAAAGUGCUAUUAAAGCUGUUGUUGAUUUAAAUGGACGCUUUUUCGGCGGAAGACAAGUUAAAGCAGGUUUUUAUUCCAGUGAAAAACUUGAUAGUUUACAAUUAAUGGAUUAA